CCCGGCGGUGACGUCCCAAGCGCAACAAUUAGUUCGAGAAAAUAUAUUUAAUUUUAACUGAAAAUAAUCAUAAUAAGUAGUUAUAAUGUCUCUGUAUCGCUUUAAUCGUUUAGUUUAGUUAGAUUAGAUAAUGUGUUAUAAGGACUUUGUUAAGAAAAGGAAAAUGGCGGACACGCGAAUUUCGAUUUAAAUUUAGAAUGUCCUUCUUUCCUUUAUAAAACAAGUAGGUAAUUCUUUGGCAUUUGUGUGCCAGUGUUGAAUCGGUUUUCAGCAUAGAGUAUCGGUUCGCGAGUGCAAGGACACGAGUUUAAUCGAUAUUACCGGCAUCGAUGGCCAGUUGAAUCCGGCGCUCGGCUGGGCGUACUGCUCCCGUGACAUACCGACUGUUCAUGUCGCUGAAGGAGCAGUAGAUUGACGUCUCUCGAAGAGAUGACGACGGAAACGGCGACGCCGAACCAGGCGGACGCCAGUACGGCGUUCCUGCGUGCGGCGCGCGCCGGACAAAUAGAGAAGAUCAUCAGCCUUCUGGAGCAAGGAGUCGACAUUAACGUUAGCAAUGCUAAUGGCCUCAAUGCAAUUCACCUAGCUUCAAAGGACGGGCAUGUGGAAGUUGUCCGCGAGUUGCUACAGCGUGGCGCUGCAAUCGACGCGGCGACAAAGAAGGGAAACACCGCUCUGCACAUCGCUUCCUUGGCAGGACAAGAGGCGGUGGUCAAGCUAUUGGUGCAGAAUGGUGCCCAGGUCAACAUCCAAUCUCAGAAUGGCUUCACCCCUUUGUACAUGGCCGCGCAAGAGAAUCAUGAUGGCGUCGUCAAGUUUUUACUAGCAAAUGGCGCAAACCAGAGUCUCGCUACUGAGGAUGGGUUCACUCCACUUGCGGUGGCGAUGCAGCAAGGUCACGAGAAGGUGGUGGCUGUACUGCUGGAGGCGGACACGCGGGGCCGCGUGCGCCUGCCCGCGCUUCACAUCGCCGCUAAGAAAGACGAUGUUAAAGCCGCCAAUUUGUUACUAGAGAAUGAGCACAACCCAGAUGUGACUUCAAAGUCUGGCUUCACGCCACUGCAUAUCGCGGCCCACUACGGCAACGAGUCGGUAGCGCGGCUGCUGCUGGCCAAGGGAGCUGAUGUCAACUGCGCGGCUAAACACAACAUAUGUCCCCUGCACGUCGCCGCUAAAUGGGGCAAAGAAAACAUGGUGUCAUUGUUGUGCGACAACGGUGCCAACGUGGAGGCGCGCACGCGGGAUGGCCUCACACCGCUGCACUGCGCCGCGCGCUCCGGACACGAGCGCGUUGUGGAGACACUGCUGGACAGAGGCGCGCCCAUCACUAGCAAGAGCAAGAACGGUCUCGCUCCUCUCCACAUGGCAGCGCAAGGUGACCAUGCGGAAGCAGCCAGGGUUCUGCUCUCCCGGCGAGCUCCAGUGGAUGACGUGACUGUAGACUACCUGACCGCGCUGCACGUCGCCGCUCACUGCGGUCACGCUAAAGUUGCCAAGCUGCUACUCGACAGAAAUGCUGAUGCGAACGCACGAGCUCUGAACGGAUUCACUCCUUUACACAUAGCUUGCAAGAAGAAUAGAAUUAAGGUUGUGGAACUACUCCUCAAGUAUGGAGCAAGUAUCCAAGCAACCACGGAGUCAGGCUUGACUCCACUUCACGUAGCUGCGUUCAUGGGCUGCAUGAACAUCGUUAUCUACCUGCUGCAGCACGAGGCCAACCCUGACGUGCCCACGGUCAGAGGAGAGACGCCUCUGCAUCUAGCAGCCAGGGCCAACCAGACUGACAUAAUUCGGAUCUUACUCCGUAACGGCGCGGCGGUGGAAGCGAAGGCGCGCGAGCGUCAGACGCCGCUGCACAUCGCGUCGCGACUCGGCAAUGUGGACAUCGCGGUGUUGCUGCUGCAGCACGGGGCCGACGUGCGCGCCCUCACUGCUGACCACUAUAAUGCUCUGCACAUCGCAGCUAAGCAACACAAUCAUGAUGUGGCCGCGGCUUUGAUCGAGCACAACGCGCCCCUGACAGCGACCACAAAGAAAGGCUUCACUGCUCUGCAUCUAGCUGCUAAAUAUGGAAACUUAAAGGUGGCUAAUCUAUUGCUGGCGCACGGUGCGUCGCCCGACCAGGCUGGCAAGAAUGGCAUGACGCCGCUGCAUGUAGCCGCGCAGUACGACCAGCAAGCCGUCGCUACCACACUUCUGGAAAAGGGAGCUGAUGCCAAGGCAGUAGCAAAGAACGGGCACACACCGCUUCACAUCGCGUCCCGUAAGAACCAGAUGGAGACUGCGGCCACGCUGCUCGAGUACGGCGCACUUACUAACGCCGAAUCUAAAGCUGGAUUUACACCGCUGCAUCUUGCAGCUCAACAGGGUCACACGGAAAUGUGUGCGUUGCUUUUGGAGCAUGGUGCCGAGGUGGACCAGCAGGCCAAGAACGGCCUGGCUGCCAUACACUUGGCCGCGCAGGAGGACCGCGUGCCAGUCGCACAGCUGCUCGUCAAGAAUGGCGGACAGGUGGAUAUAUGCACUAAGGGUGGGUAUACACCGCUGCACAUCGCCAGUCACUACGGUCAGGCUAACAUGGUGCGCUAUCUGCUGGAGAAUGGCACCUCUGUCAAAGCUCAGACCAAUCACGGUUACACCGCGCUGCACCACGCAGCUCAACAAGGUCACAUCAACAUCGUCAACAUUCUGCUCGAACACAAAGCUGAUCCAAACGCUAUCACUGUCAACGGUCAAACUCCACUAGACAUAGCAUCCAAACUCGGCUACGUCACAGUGAUGGAGACCCUCAAGGAAGUAUCAGACCCCUCCAUCAGCGCAGCCUCGCAGGAGAAAUACAAAGUGGUCGCGCCGGAGACGAUGCUGGAGACAUUUAUGUCGGACUCGGAAGAAGAAGGUGGAGAAGAUACAAUUCUGAACGACCAACCAUAUCGCUAUCUGACUGCGGAUGAUAUGAAAUCAUUAGGAGAUGACUCCUUGCCCAUUGACGUCACCAAAGAUGAGAGAACAGAAUCAGCCAUGAGUCAUAAGAACAUCAUGGAGAUAUCUCAAGGAUCAGUGAACGGAAUCCCGUACCAGCCGCAACAAGAGGUGGUUGUGAAGAGCAUCAGCCGGUACAGCACUGCGCAGGCACCUAAGGGCUACUGCUACAACGUCGACCCUUCACAACCCAAGAAGAAACUACAAUGGAAAAACUUCCUGGUGUCGUUCCUGGUGGACGCACGCGGCGGAGCCAUGCGGGGCUGUCGUGGCGGCGGUGUACGUGUCAUAGUACCUCCACUCUCCGCACAGCAACCCACCAGGAUCACAUGCAGAUAUCUGAAGCCAUCUCGUAUCAACCACAUGCCACCAUUGAUGGAAGGCGAGGCGUUGGCCGCGCGUGUGCUUGAAAUGGGUCCUGUCUCCGCUAAGUUCUUGGGUCCGGUGAUACUGGAGGUGCCACACUACGCGUCACUACGCGGCAAGGAGCGCGAGAUCGUCAUCCUGCGCUCUGACAACGGCACCAGCUGGCGCGAGCACAAUGCUGAUGCUACUGACGACGUCGUGCAAGAUAUACUGCACGAAACAUUAGAAAUUGAAGAAACAAACGAGGAGGAGAAAGGCUGGGAAGCGCCGCGCAUUACUCGUAUUCUGACACACGACUUCCCGCAAUACUUUGCUGUCAUCUCUCGUAUCCGACAAGAGGUGCACGCUAUUGGACCUGAAGGUGGUAUGGUAUCAAGUUCCGUGGUACCUCAAGUGCAGGCUGUCUUCCCCCAGGGUGCGUUGACGAAGAAGAUCAAAGUUGGCCUUCAGGCCCAAAUCAUAGAUUCGGAACUGACAGCUAAACUUCUCGGCCGUGGAGUUGCAGUAUCACCAGUGGUCACCGUAGAGCCAAGGAGACGGAAGUUCCAUAAAGCUAUCACACUCAGCAUGCCAGCUCCACGUCCCCACACCCAGGGCAUGACCAACCAGUACAGCACCUCAUCAGCCCCAACUCUUCGUCUACUUUGCUCCAUAUCAGGUGGAACGAAUCGCGCGCAUUGGGAAGAUGUUACCGAGAACACGCCCCUUACUUUCGUCAACGAUUGCGUUUCCUUCACGACUACCGUCUCUGCAAGAUAUUGGUUGAUCGAUUGUCGUCAUAUUGAAGACGCUACUAAGAUGGCUACUGAAUUGUACAGGGAGGCAAUCCACGUUCCUUUUAUGGCACGUUUCGUGGUGUACGCAAAGCGGACAGACGAAUGUCAAGCGCAGCUUAGAAUGUUCUGCGUCACUGAUGACAAGGAAGACAAAGCAUUGGAGAGGAUCGAACGGUUCAUACAAGUUGCCAAGAGUCGCGACGUUGAGGUCCACGAAGGUAAACCGGUAUACUUGGAGUUUGGUGGAAACCUAGUCCCCGUUGCGAAGUCCGGCGAACAGCUUUCAAUACCGUUCCGCGCCUUCAGGGAGAACCGUGUUGCAUUCCCUGUGAUGAUCAAGACUCAGGAUCUGGAGCCGAUCUGUCGCUGCCAGUUCAUGAGGGACCCCAAGGUUCCUAAAGGAGAACCUUCUCCAGCGCCGAUCGCUAUCCUGAACAUAAUGGUACCGGAUGACAUCGCGACGGAGAGGACGUCGCCCGUGCAGCAGGAUGCUCUACCGCGCCGCACCGAGGACCAGGAACUCAUAUGGAGGCAGAGACUGAGGGAUCCUCGAUUGGAAGACAUCUGCAACUUAUUGGGUAAGGACUGGGUGGCGCUGGCUUACGAGUUGGGCGUGAGCGUGGCCACCGUUAACCAGAUACAAGCCAAGCGCAUCACCGCCGCUGAACAGGCGCAGCUUAUGCUCAAGUUAUGGAAGACGCAAUCAGGAACUAAGGCUCUAGAUAAUUCUUUAGAGCUAGCACUAUGCCGCAUCGGAAGAGACGAUAUUAUCGCAUCUCAGUCAGAUGACAGCAAUGAAAGACGUAUCCAACGGAACAUUUAUCAAGAAAGACAAGAAUCUGAAGAAAUCGAAGCGUACAAAGCGGAAGAGGACAACAAAGUUAAAGAAAGGAUUUACGACGACAAUCAAAUAGCAGAAGCGAUACGUCACGAAUCCGAAGUGGACCAGGAUGAAGCUAAAUAUUCACCGGAAGAGAAAUCUGUUGUAGAUAAGAGUGAAGUGGAGAGAACUCCAACACCUAGCGAGGACAGUGAGGAAGAUGAAGACGUGAAACGUAGUGUAGCUGAAAGGAAAGAACAAAUUACGAAAAAACUCAGUUCAAGCAAAAUACCAGCUUCGAAACAAAAGAAAGAAAUCCGCGAAGAAAUUAUCGAGAUUAAGACUCAAAUAAAACCGGAUAUUAAGAAAUUCCACGACAUCGAGCAGCAGGUGAAAGAUAAAGAACCAAAAACGGAACGAACACGUUCGAAAACAUCACCCGAAACUGUAGAAGACCAAAGAGAAAUCGAAGAGCCGAAAGAACACGUUGAAACUAAAGUAGAAGAAAUAAAAGUUGAACGACCUGUAGAACAAUUUAGAAAAUUCGACCCAUCAUCACCAGCCAAACCAACACCUAAACAUUUGCAAAGACAUAUGAGAAACGAAUCUAUGAGAUUCCCAUCUGGAGACUUUUCCAACGUUACCAUAACUCCGAGAAAAUCUAUAACUGUUGAAACAGAGACGAAACAAGUAGUUGAGACAAAAACUGACUCAUUUUCAAAAGAAGUUAUUUCACAAAAGGAGAUAGACAGUGCGAGAGUCGAAGAAAAACUAGACGAUGGUGAUAAAUCACCAGAACUAGUAAUGGAUACCGAGAAAGACGUAGCGGAAGCUACACUAAGGGAUAAAAUUAGUUCAUUUGAGUCUAAAAUUUCCAAGGAACCAUCGAUUGACACUACGAAAACUAUUAAACUUACGAAGGAAGCUUUGAAAAAACACACCCUCGAACAAGAUCAAAGUAUAGAAUAUACUCAAGAAUUCGUUAGGGAACAAUCAAAGCAGAUAUCGAGUGCAGACACUCGCGAACAUAUUAUUCAAAAAGUAAUAUAUGACUCUGAAAGGCAUGUCGAAACUGUCAAGUCAGUAAAAGAAACAAUACAACAGUUCGAUACAAAAACAAAACAAGAAGAAAAAAUUAAACCAUUCCCUAAAACCAUGAGAACUGAUUCGACACUAGUGCAGGUCUCGUCUGAGGAAGAUAGCGAGUUCCUUAAGAAGUCCACUGACUCCGAAACGGAGACUGAAUCACAAACUACAGUUAAAGUAGAAAAAGACAAACUUAAGUCAAAAGUUGGUGCUGAAAAACUUUUUUAUGAUGGAAAAGUUGACAUGAGGGACAAACCUGAAACAAAAUCUGAAAAGGACCAAGACAAGGAUGAUCAACAUAAGAAAGAUGAUGAUGAUCAUGAUAAAAAAGGUGGUGACAGGAUAGCAAUUUCGGAGAUGAAGCUCGAAAAACAAUUAACUCAAGAAUUAAGAAGUAAAGUUAGCGAAGAAGACAUUACAGAAGACAUAGAACAAAAAGAUGUUUCUGUUAAGCAAACAGAAAAGAUGGACACUCAACAGUCUACAGCAAGCACGAAAUCUGAUUUAACAAAAUAUACUAAGACAGAUUCAACUGGUUCAGACUUACAUGAUUCUAUUGCGCGAAAGAUUUCUCAAGAUUCUCCUGCACAGUCCACUAUAGAUAAAGUCGAUUCCUUAGCCGAUCUACAACAAAGUACUGAAAAAGACGUCAGUUUUGUUUCGCAUACUGAAUCAAAGGCAUAUUCGAAACAUAGAAGCGAUUCAUUGGACGAAGCGUCACAGUUUUCUGAUUUAGAAGACCAAGUAGGAAUAAGUCCUGCACAUCGACCUGUUCAUGAUAAAGAAAUGACGAUCUCUUCGAUAAUGGAAGAAAAAAUUUCAACAAUCGCUGAAACUCAUAUUGAUGGAACAAAAAUUAAAGAAGUUCUAAAAGUUGUAGAAACUGAGACGGAAUCAACCCUUAAAGACACUGAAAAGAAAUCACCAUCAAAGGAAUUGCCAAUAAGUUCAAAAGCGCGACAGUUUAUAGAAACAGUCCCUGAAGAUGAUUCCGUGCAAGAGUGUUUCUUCUCAAAACGAAUUUAUUCUGACUCCUUAGAGGAUUCAGAACAUACUGAUUCUCGACGUCAUUCAGAAGCAGAAUCUCUGAAAUCAGACCAAUCAGAUUUUAGAGCCAAAAUUUCUUCAUCUGAUUUUGAUGAACGGGCCGAGUAUGAGGAAACUGCAGACUCGGGCAGCGGUUUCGGAGAUGAGAAAUUCGAAGAAAGUAUUGGAUUUACAGCUAUUAAAAUAGAUCCAAAGGCAUUACAUAGAGAUAGUAAAGAUUCAGACUCUGACAAAGUUGAAGAAACUGAAGUUGUUUUCAAAAAGGUCGUUCCAAAACGUCAUUCCAGAACUGAAUCUAUUUCCAUAACAAAGUUGAGUGAUUUACAACUGGACAUUGAAGUACCAAAGCCUAAACAAGAAUUUCAGGUGAUUGUAACCGAAGCAGAAGAAAUAGAAAAGUCGUUUGAAAAAGAUGAAACAUCUGAUAAAAUUUCAUCUGAAAGCAGUAGAGAAGUUGAAAUAUCUGAUAGGAAAUCAUCAGAGGGUAUUUCUGACAGAAUAUCCUCAGAAGACGCUGUUACUGAUAAAAAGACUUCAUCUGAAGAAGAAGCCGCUAAGGAAGGUCAACGGCUGUUAGAACAGGAAUCUGAAAAAGAAUAUAAGGAAUCAAUGACGGGUACCGAAAAAGUGGAAUUAAGAAGACAUGUUCAAAAAGAAGAGAUAGUGGAUAAAGUUGCAAUGGCAGAUAAACGGCAAUCUGUUACAUCGGCGGGAUCAGGUUCUAUAAGUGAAUUACGCUUAGAAGAAAAGAGACUUUCUGAUGCCCAAAGUCUUACAGAAUCAAGAGAUUAUACAUUUGAAGAAUCUGAGGAUGAUAUAGCUACACAAGGAACACAUGUUGAUGUACCCAAAGAACAGACUGAUCAUAAAGAAUACGAUGUGAAAAUCGAAUCUCCUGUGAAAUUAAGUGAACCAACAAAACCUGCAAAGUUAACUCAUGGUGACUCACUUGAUGAUGUUGAAGGUUUUCCUGAGGAUCAUACUGAAUACGUACAUAAGUUACCACAUAUAUCAGAAUCAGGGUUACCAUCCGACAAACAUUUAGUGCAAGAUUUUCUUAAUAAAGAACGAGAAGCGCAGUUAAAACGAGAAACAACCGUAACGGUUACUACUGUAACUAAAACGGUUGAACCACAUGAAAAAGUUAUAUCUGAAGAUAUUGACCGAUCAGUAAAAGAGUCUGAACAUAUAACGUCAGCACAAAUAACUGAUAUUACAUCACAAUCAAAAAUAACAUCAAUUACAAAACAAACAGAAACAAAAACAACUAUAAGUGAAACUAAAUUCGAUGUGAGUAAAAUAAGGACCGACACACUUGGGAAGUUUGAAAUAUUAAGUGAAAGUAAAGAUAUUAAAUACGAAAAGGAGUUAUCUACAGAGGAAUCAAGUUUAGAUGAUAAAACGGAUACUUCUAAAGAACAAGAGAAAUCUGUAAUCGAUGAUUUAUCGCAGAAAGGUAGCGUAAUAUCUGCCACUAGAAGUCCUACUAUAGAAAAAGAUAUCAAAACAAUAACUAAAGAAAUUGUGGAGAGCGAAAAACGAUCUUACGACGCAAAAGUACCACAAAAAGAAGAAAGACGACAUUCUUGUGUUAGUCCUGCAAUUUCACUGGAAAGAAUAGCAGAGUCAGAAAUUGAAAUGGAAGAAGAAUUACCCAAACCAGUUCAAUCAACAGUUGAAAAGACUAGUAUAGAGAAGGAAGAUUCUGAUAUAACAGGGAUGAAGAAAUCUGAUUCAGCGAUGAAACAAAUGGCAGACAAUAUAGAAAUCAUAAUUAAACAAGCUUCCGAAGAUAUCGAUAUUUCAAUCGAAGAACCAUACAUUGCUCAAGUUGACACUGAAAAACCUGAAUUAGAAGACAUAAGUGGAAAAGUCUCUGUCGACUCUAUUAUUGAAGAAGCAGUAACUACAGUCGAAGGAUAUUUAAAGUCUACAGAAGAAAAGGUAGACGAAGUGACUACUGAAGAUGACCAAGUGAUAAUAAUGGAUACUAAAAUCAUUAAGGAUCGGCCAAGUUUAAUGAAAUCUCUGUCCAGAGAUAGUGGAGAAAUCGCAAUUAUACCAAAAAAGAAACAAACUCGAACAUUCUCAGUGCAGAGUUCUCCGGAGGAAGUCGAAGAGCAAAUUUACACGGAUUCUGAAUCAGAUAUGGAUAAAGCUAAAGUGCUAGAAAUAAUUGAGCCUAAUAACGAAACAGACGGGAAAAUUCCUGCAUCUAGUUUCGAUACAAAGAAAUUAAGAACUGAUUCACUUGACGAUGCAGAUGAUUUCCCAGAAAAAGAGUCUGAUUAUUUUACUGACGAAGAGAAAUGUUACGAACACAUUCCCGAAUCAAUGGAAGUUAAGACUGAAGACAGUAAAGUGGAAUAUCCCGAAGCUAGCGAUUCAAGAACUUCUAUGCAGGAUACAGAAAUUGAAAAAUCAUCAGGAAAAUUCGUUAAAAAAACACACUUCGUUGACAGUCUAUUACGAUCUGAAUUCGUAUCGAAAUCCACAACCGAAUCAUCUGUAACAACAGUUGUAUCAACUUUAACCAAAUCAUCAGAUGAAGAUCAAAAAUCAGUAGUUGAAGAUGGAACAUCUGCUGAUUUCUCUAAAAUGAGUGGAGCAGAUUUAGUCAAAGAUUCAUCGAAAACAUCCUUAGAGGCUAAAGAAGAAUAUAAGCUCGAGGAACAAGUGGACGAAAGAGUACUUACUCCUGAUUUAUCUAAAAAGUCAAUUGACUUAACGAAAGAUUAUUCCAAAUCUUCAAUGGAUAGUAAGGAUACUUCAAGAGAUUUCGCAACAAAUGAAUUAUCUAAAGAUUCUACUGCUGACCUGUCCAAGGAUUUCUCUAAAACAUCAAUAGACAGCGUUAAAGAAUCUUCUAAGUCGAUUGAUGAAAAAACAUUUUCUGAAGAUCAUUCAUCAUUUGACGUCUCUAAGACAUUAGCCUCGGAUAUUUCUGAAGCAAUAACAAUGAGUAAGGAAUUUAUAGAAGAAGAGAGAUCUGUAUCAAAGAUAAUAAAGGUAUCGACCAGUUCUUCCCAAGGAACGUCAUUUAUGACAGAGAGUAAGUUAUUAAGUGAACAGGAUUCAUUUGGUAAAACAAAGACAUUAGAUAAAAUCGAUGUAAUCCAAGAUAUCGCACAAGAUAAAGAUGUUCAACAAAUUGAUGAGAAUGAAAUCCAAAAAGCAAUCGAGAAAGACGAAUCAGGUAAAAGUGAUGAAGAUAUAAGCAAGGUGGACACAUCUGAUAUGAAAGAACUGAACAGAAGAUGUUCAAAUCUAUUGGAAGACAUAUCAUCAGGUGCUUUGAUAAGAAUAGAUUCCAGUCACGUCACACACGAUCUAGCAUCAAAGUUCUCGAAAACUCCACCUCCAUCUCCGGUCGAUUUAAUUUUAAAAGACAGAGCUAAGUCAGAUGACAGUGCUGGCGACAAGCAAUCCGGAAUGCAUCUAAAAGGUUCCGACACUACGUUCUUGGACGCGAACAGACAGUCACCACGAGCUUCCUCAGCGGGGGAUAGCUUAUUUAGUGAAACUGAAGCUCAUCAAAGUGGAAUAUUAACUGAAGCGUCGAAAGUGCUAAGUGAAGCCGCCAGACCUAAGUCCCCAAUCAAACAUGUCGCUGAUAACUUAUCCUUUGUGAAUGUCGAUCAACCGACACUAACAAGCGGUGCAGUAGAAUUAGUCGAUCGUACUAUCGAAAAGAGUAUGGACGUAAUAGAUCAAAUAAAAAAGGAACAACUUGCCGUUAAAAUGGAAGAAAUGCAUAAAACAAUUCCAUCGGAAAACUUUUACUCUACAUCUGUAAUUGAAACCUCUACAUCAUCUUCGUCUAUUCAUAAAACGGUCGAAGGUGCGGAGUUAAAAUUCCAAAACAUUGAUCCUGAUGCCGUCAUGUCUGAUAUGGUCGCAAAACUUGGAGCAACUCAGGAAGAAUUCAGCACAAUCUUAAGUCAGAAAGAAACUGAAACAAGGAAAAUAUCAGGACAAGAGUUUUAUUCCGAAACUAAGCAUGUGUCUUCUUCCGAUGAUGAUUCACUUGUAAUUAAAACUGAAACUACACAUGAAUUACGAGGUCAGGAACACGAGGUGAAAGAAAAAUCUGUUGUCAAAAAAGAAGGCGAUCAAACUGAAACUUCAGAAAAAAAGUUAGAAAAGGCACACGAAGCUUCUGCUAAAAGAUCCGAUGUAGAAACGAAAACUGUUUUUAAAAGCACAGAUGAUACCGAUAUUAUAAAAGUAGAGAGAGAAUUUACCGAACAAGGUCUCUAUACAGGUCGACAGACAAAAUCGGAAGAAAAAAUGACUGCACUGAAAGAUGAGACUGUUAAGAAAAAACAGGAAGUUAAAAUAUCUGAAAGAGAAAUGUCACAUGAAAAGUGGGGUAAGGAAUAUUUUACUGAACCUGGAGAAUUAGAAGACAUUCAGGAAGCAGAUGAUAAAUCAAAAAUAGCUUUUGUUGACUCCUCUUUAAAAAUUGUUGAGAAAGAUGAAGUCGUUUCAACCACGGAGAUAUCUGAAAAGGGUAAAGUUAUAAGUUCAAAAGUCGAACACCACAGAGAAGAAUCUGUUAUUGAAAGCAAAGAACACGACGACCUCAGUUCUGAUGCCUCACACGCACCAAGUUUCAAAACUGACUCGGCUGAUAAGAGAGACUCAUCUGAAAUGAGCCCAAGAAGUAAAUCUAAGUCAUUCAAAAAAGAUAACGAAGUGUAUGAAGUAGACUUUAUUAAAGAAAUUAAGGUUUCAACUUCACCUAUUAAAAGUUCAUUUAGUCGAACAGGAAGUCAGGAUACUCAUUCUGAAUCAGAAGUAGUACCUGAUUUACCACAUGAUGAUAAAACAGGAGAAACUCCCAAAAAGGAGAAGCCAAGUAAAUCUCCGAUAAAGCUACAACAAUAUCAAAUUCAAGAUCAAGUAUUAGAAGUAUCUCUACACAAAGCUGAUUCCUUUGUUAUGGGAGAGAUUGAACCGACAGGCGCUAAACAAGAAAUCGGUGAAUCAUGUUCUGUUGAAAGUCCUAAAAGUGACGUUAAGAUUGAAAUCAAAUCAACUGAAGUUGUAGAAAGUGAACAAACUGUAAAAUCCGUAAAAAUGGAUUUGAUGCCAAAUGUGAUUGAAACAGAACGAACAGAAUGGGAAGAAUCGACUACCGUUACUAAAGAUUUAAUGAUAAAGUCGAGUGAAAGCGUGGAUACUGAAUAUAUGAUCAAAUCACUUGAGUUCCAUGAUGGUGAAAUUCUGCAAAAAUCUAUGGAUUCUACUGUUAGUGCAGAAACAUUACAGCCAUCUGAAUUCUCAACCGAAGGUGAUUCUGCAUAUUUGACUGGGACAGAUCAUAAAAAGGAAGAAAUAAAAUUAAUUAAAGAAAAAAGUCUCGAAGACAUUUGUAGUAGUGGAUAUGAUACUGAUCUCUCUUCUGCCGAGUUUCAUGCACUGAAACUUGAAACAGAAAAGGUUGAUUAUGACACGUUGAUGUCUGCUCAACCACUCACUGACUUAUCAGUUUUGGAAAAAACUAUAGAUGAAGUCAAGCAGUCUCUUGAAGCAGCGCAAGUGGAAAUUAUAAGCGAAAAAAGUGAUGGGAGUAGUAAAUAUAAGCAAUCGCCCUCCGAGUUUCAAUUCAAAAUGUUAAUAAGUCCUGAGAGGCCUGAUGUUAUAACAGAAGAGCCCCACCACACCGAUGAUGGAAGUAAAGUUGUGAUUGCUCUUGAAAAGGAGGAGAAAUUAUUGGACAGUCAGAAAUCCGAUAGCAUCUCACAUAAAAUAAGCUCACAAGAUGAAACUUUAACAUCAGAAGAAGAAAAAGAAACUGUUCAGAUAAAAGAAUUUAGCCCACCACUCGAUACUGGAGACUUGUCAGUAAAAUCGGACAGCGGUCCUCAUUCUAUUUUAGAAACUGAAAGUGAAAUCGGAUUUUCUGACCGUGACGGCUCUUCUAAAGGCAGUCCGGAAGUAAAAUUGCGAGUUCACAAACACAUAACAAGCAAAUUGGGUGUCGUCGAAAGACGCUCAGCAUCUGAAAUAGAAGGAUGGUCUAGCUCUGGCGAAAGUCAUUAUCAAAGUUUUGAACACUCGGAAAGUAGACCGUUAUCUUCGGAUAUCGAGGUCAUGUUAACAGCCCAGAGUGGUACUGAAUUUGAAACUGCGCUUACGAGUCAUGACGUCUCUUCACAAUCACUCAGGACUUCAAAAGAUUACUUUACAGCAGGAAGUUCGCUUGCUUCAAGAGACAGCAUGAAAAGUCUAGACUCUGAUGGAUCGAGUCACGUAGCGAGUAUUGAUAUUUCAGAUGCAUCUGAAACUUUAGUUCCUUCAGCAAAUGAACUUAAAGAAGAACUGAUGGAGAGCAGUACCUAUGUAGAACAAUUUCUUCAUGAAACAGAAAAGGAACAGGUUUUAAAAACAAAAGAAUUAAGUGACGAGGAGGUGUCAGGCGAUGAUGAGGAGAAUAAAGUUGAUGGUAUUGAAACCCUAGGCAAAAUGAAAAGAUCUCAUGAAAUGCGAUUUCAACCAAAAGAAAUGAUCCCAGAACAUUUUCCUUUAGACGGAACAUCUGAAAGCAUUGAGCUUGAGGAUGAUUCAAUAAAGGAUAAAGAUGGAUCAGAUACAACUAUUUCUAGUCAACUUAAAACUGAUGAAAUUUUGUCGUCGUCUAUUUCUAAAUUAGAUAUAUCUUCGUCUAUAUCACAAUCUGAAAUAAACAAAGAAGAAGACUUGGAAGAGCCGAUGAUUGUAAAAGAAUCGACUACAAAAGACGAAGCAAUACCUUUUGCUGUAACAAAGAUAGAUAAACCACAAAGAGAGUUAGUGGAUGUGGAUAGUCAAAUAAUACCUGUUGGAUCUUCAGAAUUCGAGGAUAUUGAGAAAUUUGGGAUUAUAAAAUCACAAACCAAACAUACUGACGACGAAGUUAUUCGCCAAACGGUGAUUCAAACAGAACAGAGUGUACCAAAAGAAAAGGCUGAGAAAAGUGAAAUCACAGAACAGUGCGUAAGAAAGACUGUCCAAGAUGUCAGUGCAGUACCUUUUCCUAUUACGGAAAAGCCACAGAGUCAAAGAGAAUUUGUUGACGUCGAAGCUGAAAUAAUACCUGUCGGUACGAAGCAAUACGAUGAAAUAUCGAAAUCAAAAAGCGAUUCUUCAGUACCUAAAACAAAAGCAGAAAAAUCUACGGUAUUGCAAUCUGAGAGUCAUUUGGAAAGCAAACAAAGCUCCACAUCCAGCUUAAAAACUCAUGAGCACGUAUCGACUCCACAUACUCCGUUGUCUGCGCCUAGCCAAAGUUCGUUAUCCACAGAAAACGGUCGAGAGUACGUCUUAGAUGACAUUUACGACAUAUCUGAAGCACCUGAAUUGAAAUCCGAUUUCGCAACCGAAAGCAGUAGAUCUGAAUUAGUGGUCACAACAGAAGAUAAAACAUUACGAACUUACGAAAAGGAACAAGAUUCGCCAACCAGUGAUGAAUUUGAAAUGGUUGACAAACCAAGUGAAAUGGAUGAUUUUGUGGUAAUAGAAGAGGUAGCAAAGGAGGCUCAAGAAACAGAUCCGGAGGGAAAAAGUGUCAAAAUAGUCUCCCAAAAAUAUGUUAAAAGACACGAUGUGGAAGUCGAGGAAUACUUAUCAAAAACCGCAAAGAAACAAGACAGCAGCAGUGCUUCUGGGUCUUUAUCUGAUGAGGAACUACUCCAAUUUGAAAUAGAGCAAAAGAAGCUACAAGCUCAAGAAUUAGCCGAAAUCGAAGCAGGUAAACGUUGGAUACAAAUGCAGUUUGAAGGAGAUCCGAGGUAUGAUUAUGAAAGAAUACCACUGGAAGAUAUUAAAGAAGAGGAAAUGACCGAUUUUGAUGCUAGUAGAAUUGGAAGUUUGAGUUCUCAGAAAGAAUCAAUUGGUAGUUACGGUAGUUUUAGAAAUUCGUAUGGAAGUUUAUCAGAAUCUGAAAUGGCGUCACGAAUAAGAUUCAGAGUGCGCGGAGAAAAUGACGAUAUAUCUAUCAGUUCACUGCAAGAAUUUGAGAACCUCGAAAGAGCAUUAAUGGAGCAGUACCAGCAACAUUCAUCGUCAUCUCAAGAUUCGUUAAACGGAUCUUUACCGCGGCGAUAUAUUCUCAGUAGAAGUCAAGGGGAUGAUAUAUCCGUAUCGAGUCUCAAAGAAUUUGAGGGUUUGGAAUCUGCAUGCUUGGAAGCUUUAAAAGCUGAAAUUCUAGCUAAGCAGAAAGAAGCUUUGUUACAAGCUGAUCCGAAGGUAGCUACUGGUAGCUUCUUGGAACAAGAGAAGCGUUCUUAUAGCAGUAGUUCGGACAGUAGUCCACCUCUUAAAGGUGGAAGCCCGGGACAAAAAUCUGGAAGCCCGUCUCAGAAAGGAGGAAGCCCAUCACAAAAAAUUGGUAGCUACGGUAGUCCAUCUCAACGUCUCUUAGCUGAUUCAGCGGCAAUUAGAAAGUUAAUUGACCAACAGCUAGCCCUAGAGCAAAGAAUGCAGGAACAAGUCGUACCAAAGAUUAUAACAGUCAAAAAACAUGACGACCGUGGCGCAUUUUUCGUGCCGGAACCUGAACCUGAGAUAUCAAAAGAUAAAACAGAAGAAGCUGUAGAGGAAUGUACCAAAUCCUCAGCCUUCGUGUGCGCUGCAGCUCCGAGUGACGGGUCGGCGGAAUCCAUACCUGGUGAUUGCGAGGAGAUGAUGAAAAUUUUGGACCAAGAGGAAAAAGCUAAACGUCAACAGAAGCAGUUACAAGCUAUUUCGAGGACGUUCUCAGAAAGUGGCGGAGUUAUUGAAGUCGUACGCACGACAACAGUAAUUCAGCAAAGAUUUGUCGAUGGAAAGAAAGUAUCGGAGACCGUUUCUAGUACUGAUAACGAGGGUGCUGUUGACAUUCCAUCGAGGUCUAUGCAGUACGAUGACGGCUGUAUGUCUUUAGGGUCAGAGAUGUCAUCGUCCUUGGCUUCUCAGCCUUCGGAAAUGGACAGUUUAAUGACUGUGAUGGAGAAGCACUCCGGGGGGGAGACCGUAACUGUGACACAUCAAACUAUUGUAACGUCUUCGGAGAAGCCGGAGGAUUUAGAGUUUAUGCGUGAAGGCAGCGGUAUACGUGAGCUGUCGCCCUCCUCCGGGAGGUCGGCGGCUCACAGUUCUUUCUCUGGUAAACAAUUUACAGAUCCUGCUAGCGGUUCCUGGAGCUGUCAAGAUGAAGAGUUGAGUUCUUCUGGCAGUUUCAGCAGAGCACGAGCAGACUUAAUGCUGGGCAGCACUGACAGUCUGGAAGCGACAAGUUCUAACGCUACUAGAGCUACAUUUAACUACGAGGUGGACACACCGAUGACAGGCAGUCUCACUUCUGGAGCGGUACGCCCUCUAGGGUCCAACACUAUGGUCUCCUCACUGGACACAAUGGACCCCAUCACUGCCGUGCAGGUGGAAAGCUUGGAGUACCAGUCCAGCGAACAACAUUCACAUGAUUAUGAAGUACAAGAACCAGAAACUGAUACGGAUAAAUUGGAUUCUGACGGACGUAUACCAAAGGCGAAGGAGCGUACAAUAAUGUUUGAUAGUACUGACACACUGAGUGCAGUCAGUGCUGACAGCUCGGUGCGAGAAGCAACAGUUGAAGCUCCAGCACCAACUUUUUAUAUCGGAGAUACACCAAUAUUGAGAGGUGAGAAGAAAGAAGACGAAGGUCCGUCGCAGUUGUCAGGCAGCUGUCCCGCGUCUCUACCACCAACCACUCACCCCUCCCCACCUAUACCAGCUCAAAGAAGAUCUCUCACAAUGAUAGCGAAGUCUCCACUCUCAAGUCUCGAUGAAAUUGCAAAGAAAUAAGCCUAACAUUUCUAUUGAACAUAAUUUUGCUAUGACAAUUUCAAAUAACAUUUAGCUUAAGCGAUCGCACGAUGCGCUUAUUUAUAAAAAUAAAACUAAGGCAAUUAAUAAAUUCGACAAAUAUCUAACACUCUUUAACCCUUAACCCUUAACCCUUAG